UAACUUUGCAAAGAAAGAUUGUGUAGAGCUGGGAGAUAUCUCAUUUUAAUCAGAAAUUUGCGCGCUACAAUCAUGCCUUAUUAAGAAAAGGUUUUGGUUAUUUUUUAGAGUUCUUCAAAAUUUGGUUUUUCAGAAAAUCAGGUCUUCAAGAGCCAUGGGUACGAAUCCUUUUAGGCCUUUUUACUACCUCAAUAUAUACUAUCGAUUGGCAUAUGAGCGAAAGAAAACUGAGUUGAACAUCUCAGAGGGUUUCCUCGUUAGCAAAAUCCUGGCUACGGGCCUGGAAAUGUAUAAAAAAUAUAUUUUAUGUUUUCUUCAUGUUGUAGUUUAAUUUAUAUUUUUAGAUUGUCGAUUAAUCAAUCAUCGGCACUCUUGUUUAUAAAAGACACAAAACUAAUCAGUUCACUAAUGUCUACAUUAAAUAUAAACUCUAAUAUGAUGAAUACAAUUGUACAAUAUAUGAUUGAAAAUCCUUUGUACAAAUUAGAUAAGCCAUCGGUGGUAGAGAAGGAAAUUGAUUUCAACACCAUUGAUUAACAUAUGUCGUUUUUCUCGUUUUUUUUCUUGUUUUGUUUUUCUAAUUACUGUUACAUUACAAUAAAAAACAAGAUAUAAAAAUAAAGCAGACACGCUGUAUAAACUCGAUAUGAAACAAUGUUUACUCUAGACUUGUAACUUAAUUUCUUUCUUAUUGUAGAUUAAUAAUGACGCUCACAUUCAAUUCGGAGAACAAUAUUAUUCUUACCCAACGUUCAGUUCAAUUAGCCACAAAAGAUUUGUUAGAAUCCAAUGUUAUCCCUUUAGAUAAAUUGAAACAGUAUAUAAGAAGACAUUCGAUUGCAGUUGAAUAUAAAGUAUUUGUUUGGAAACUUUUAUUGGGUAUUGUAUCACCUUACAGAGAAACUCGUUCUUUUAAAGAUAAUAUAAAUCAUGAAAUUUAUAGUAAACUACUCGCAACAUUGGAAACAUGUCGAAUUCUUACUCCGACAACACCAUUAUUACACAAAUAUUUAUACAUGUAUUUACUGCAAAAAAAUAAUUCAACUUACCUACCAGUUCAAACUAUCAAUGAAUAUGAACAUUUUUUUGAAAUUGGCAAUUUUGUUUGUUUGUUCAAUGAUAAUGAUCCGGUAAAAAAUCACCGUCAACAUACCAAUGAUCGUCUCGAUGUUGAAUGUUGGAUGAUUACAUGUUCAAUGUAUGAAAAAUUUUCCAAAUUACUCAAACGAAGUGCUCAUCUUGUAUGUAACUAG